AGGAAAUAUUGCAUCGAUACUCCCAUCGAUUGGCGUUGCGCAUCACCUUGUAAAAGAGUGACACUCCAAAUCGAUGACCAUGUACAAAACGCAACACGUGUCGCCCUCGUCAUCUUGAGAGAACUUGGAGCCAACAGAUGUUCACGUGGCGAAUAACUCCUUAUAGACCUAAAGGAUAAAGAUGGCCCGUGUUUUUAUCUUCUUCGUUUUGUUUCUCUCGUUUGGAGCAUCUCAGGAUCUUACUACGGUUAUGAAUUUUGAGAAGUUUUUCCGGAUGGAAGAGGAACUCCUAACUCUCUCGGACUUGAUUGUUAAGCAGGAGUUAAGGAGUCAUGAUGAAGACGUACAUCAGUUAGCCAACAUAACCGGGGUGCUUGAAAACGUUAAAGCCAUUCAUAAAAACGUCGGCAGGAAUGUAGUAGGGUACAUCAGUCACCCGAUCAACCAAUUUCAUUUAACCAGACGACUUUACCAUAACUGGCGGGAAAUUCUACAACAUAUAUUACACAGUGAUACAUGUGUAAAGGCAUUAAAAGUAAAAUUACAAAACAUAGAGGACAAUGUCCCUAAUAAAGACGUGUUCGAUACCAUUGCCAGUACUAUUUCUGCUCUACAACGGUAUAAAAGCUUCACAAUAGAACAGAUCAUGAGUGGAGAUAUAGCAGAAGCUAAGCCUCUAGAAAAACUUACCUUGGCUGACGCCUUCGACAUCGCGAAUGCAGCCUAUGAGAAGGACGAUAUGUAUUAUGCCAUUGAGUGGUUAAAAUACAUUGUUGAGGAAGUAAAAGCAAAUCGUAUCUCUGAUAUCAACGAUCAAAUAUCAGCAUCAGCGGCAUUUCACUUGUUAUCCAAUGCAUAUUUCAAGGCUGGUUUUAUCAAAGAAGCACAAACGACAUUAUCAGACUUGCUUCGUCUUGAUCCAAGCAACACUGCUGCCAAAAGAAACCUGGAAUACUUACAGACUAGCAAAGUCUCAAGUAAUCCCGCUCAGUUAAAGCCAAAAACUCCAUCAAAGAAGAGCAGGAGAUUAUACGAGGAACUCUGUAGAUCAGAAGAAAAAAUGAUAAUUUCAAAAUCAUCGAGAUUAAAUUGCUUGUACUUUCCUUUGAGAAGCCCUGUUCCUUACAUGAAAUCUGAUGUCAAAGCGGAAGUAGUGAACAGGCAUCCCCUAAUUGUUGUUCUUUAUGAUAUGGUAGAUAAUGGAACCGCCAUGGCAAUCUCUUACAUGGGUUACAAAAAGCUGAUGGAUGCCUCAACAAUAAGAAGAUACUCAGACGUCAGACAUAAUGCAGCAGUUUAUGACACGACUUACUGGAAAUGGAUUCCUAAUUUACAAACAAAAUUCUCAAAAAUGAAAUUAAGUCACUUUCCCCCUGUUUUAUUUUCAUAUAGGACGUUUAAUAUUGGAACGGAAGGGGAAUUAAUGGAUAACGAAGUAGUGCAAAAAGACCAAGUUGUGGGAGUUUUCAUUUCAUUUCUUACAGAUUCUACAGUUGGGGGAGAGCUCGUGUUUCCCAUGUCCAAAAUUAAGAUACCAGUUACAAAGGGCAAUGUUGUAUUUGCUGAAUACAAAGCACGGAUGGGGAUAUGUCCUGUUUACUACGGAUCCCAGUGGUAUGGUAGUCAAACUCUGUAUGAGAGGAUUCCAACAGAAAUAUGUCCCUUGAAGCAGAGAGUCCCCCAAUUUUACUGAGAUAUCAAACUGUGCCAAAGUGUGACAGAGAACAAGGAUGAAAUACUUAUAAAUUUAUUAACAAAUUGCGUAGACUGUGCACAUGCAAUAUUUUGAAUACAUGUACAUGUAAACAGGUUUUAAAACAUAUAUCAAAUGUAUAUAUACUAAGUACACAGAAAAAAUUAACAAAAAUCUAUGUAGAAAAUGCACCUUCAAAAUGCGUCCAAUAUAUAGCAUUAAUAUCUACUUAAGCAAUACAUAUUGUAUUUAAAAUCUUUUGGUUGGAAAACUUUAUAAUCAUUAAUUUUUUGACCUGUGAUCAGAAUUGCGUAAUCUUA